GGUGGCUUUGCGACAGCCGUAAGUGAAGGCGUUGCGCCGCCGGACAGACGCUGGAAGCGGCCGCGGCGGAGGGGCUCUGCCCUCGGAAACGUCCUGCAGGGUCGAUGAGCUGAAGAGUUUGGGGACCCCUGGCAUAAGCCCAAAACGAUGCCCUGCAAGGCUGUGGCCCUUGGUGGCAUUUCCCUGGCUCUGCAGCUGUAGGAAAGCCCCGUUUGUGAGUGGUCAUCUGGGACCCUGAGAGAGGAAGGUUGUGGUUUCUGGACGGUAAAGACUGGCCAGUUUGAGCUGCGAGAUGAGGCCACAGCAGCCGCCUGUUGCCAGCAAAGUCUUCAUCCAGAGGGACUACAGCAGUGGCACUAAGUGCCAGUUCCAGACCAAAUUCCCCCCAGAGUUGGAAAAUCGGAUUGACAGGCAGCAAUUUGAAGAAACUGUACGGACCCUGAAUAAUCUUUAUGCAGAAGCGGAGAAACUUGGGAGCCAGUCCUACCUUGAAGGGUGCUUGGCUUGCUUGACCGCCUACACUAUAUUUCUGUGCAUGGAGACACAUUAUGAGAAGGUUCUAAAGAAAAUUGCCAAGUACAUUCAGGAGCAAAACGAGAAGAUCUAUGCCCCACAAGGCCUCCUCUUGACUGACCCCAUUGAGAGGGGACUAAGGGUUGUUGAAAUUACCAUUUACGAAGACAGAGGUGUGAGCAGCGGAAGAUAAACCUCUGAUGUUAAAGGGACCAGCGAACUGGUUUCCGAAAGUUUUCUUUCUUCUGUUCUAGCAUCAUUCCUCCCUGCUGUCCCCAGUUCCAUGGUGCCAUUUACACAAGGACUAACUUUUCAGACUCCUGUUCUUUCAUGCGAGUUGGCCAGCAUCUGCCUUGCUUCAUUCUGCCUGAAGCUGCAGCGUCACCCAGGUGGCUCGUUUCUUCGGCGAGGUCAAGCAGUCAUGGACAGCAGGCAGAAGACCAACUGGGAGUGACCUAAAGGUGGUGGGACUCUCUCAGUGGACCCUGGGCUUUCAUCAGCUUCUGGGGAAGAAAGUAACUGGAUGCCCUGGGCACUUGUGUUUCCAAAAAUGAGGCCUAUGUUCAUGAAGCGCAACCUGGUGAUUUGUCAAGAAGGGACACAGCCCCCAUCUUCCUGAAUGACUCCGAUAAGAAAUUGCAAAGGGGGGUUAUUUUUACUGCUGAUGUAUUUUGGGGUAUGGAGCCCACUAUACAUUUCAGGUGAAGAAGCUGUACGCUGUGUUUAAACGUGAGGAAAAUGCAGCAGCCCAAAAUAUGUCGUGUUAGCAAAAGUGUCACUUCUCUGCUCCCUCCACCCUUAAAUGUUGAAUAUGUAAAUGUAGGUAAUGAAUAAGGUUUUCAAGUUUUUUAGAUGUUUUAGUUUAGGGCAAACAGGUUUAGGGCAAGCUAGAGAUGGUGUUCAACAGUGUGUCAGCUUUUUCUUUUCACAAGUGUCAUCUCUGCAGUACUCCUACUUGUGUUCAACAUUCCAGCGUAAUGCUUGCAGAAAUACCUGGAACAUUUCAU